CAUGGAUGCUAGCGAAAGAAAGAUAAUGUCCACGUGGCUGUAUCAAUUCUGGCUCUUUUCCUUCACAACUGCGAAGUUUUGGGGGAAGGGUCCACGAAAUUGGACGGCACAUCACCUUGGAUUUACCGACCAGCCAUUCACUUCUUCAGAAAGUGCUCUCACACCAAGAUACCCCUUGGAAGACCGUAUGGAUGUCGGUGAGGGUAGCUCGAGCUCGAACGGACUUCCUCUUGGACACCUGACGCGGCCAACAACGCUUUGUAAUUGGGCCAUCCACGUAUUCCAAGAAGGCUAUGAGGGUGCGUGGUCUGAGACAGAUCCAAUACAUGACAAGUACGCAGUAGACACUGGCUCUGGUUUGAAGGAUUGGCCUCCAGCUUGGACAGCGCCACCUUUCGAGGCACGACUUCGAAACAACAUCGAGAGCAACGACUUCAGUAGCUUACCCGCUGAAACCUUACCCAUGGCAAUAUCCCAGGUUGCUAAGGCCGCAGAAAAAUCACCCAACGAGCUCCUGAAGGAGGCCUUGGGUUUUGCUAUCAUGGGUCGGAAUAUUGAGCUUAUCGAAAAUCUCUGUGAGGAGAUACGUGCUAUCGACUUCAACAUUUUCGCAGAUCUCUAUCCAUUCCACCUUGCAACAAGCUAUCUAGAUGGCUCCAAGACAUGCUGUCAUGUUCUGGAAACGCUCAAGUUCUCAAUACUUGAAACGAAGAAACUCACUGUGGACAAUUUCGGUCAUACGAUUCUCGAUAACCUCAUGAUACAAAUCCUCAAGAACCACUCCUCCGUUACUCCAGAGCUAGUUGAUGAUGCAUUACGAGGCGAAAUCCGGUUUGCAGGUGAAGAGACCGAUAUUUGCGGACGCUGGGAUGCCGACACGGAACACUAUCGAUUGCUUCUGAAAACUAAUCACCGAUCUGUGCCUUUCGAAUGGAAACAUAAAUUUUGUCACACAUCAGCGCAAGCAAUUGUUCAUUGCAUCGCGGGGAUAUCAUCGCUAUCGGGUUUAUCGAGGCGUAGCAAUGACGAUACGAUGAGUGGGUUGUUUUUGAAACAUUGCUCGCAUUGUGGGAAGAAGUUACAAUUACGCCCACUACACACCCUCGUACUUACAGCGUUCUUUCUCGGCAAGCACGGUUGUGAGGAUGAGAAUUUCUUUGGUAUGAUCGCAUGUUUAUUCACUCUCGUAGGUAUCGGUGCAGACGUCCUCGACACAGCCGAUAUCUCCUUGUCCCUUAUUCUCAGUUCCGAGUACGGGAAUGAGUGUAGUCAUAAAGAUAUCACGCCUCUGUGCUUGGCGUCUCUUUUGACCAAGGAAUUUCUGGGCUUGGAGGGCUUGGAGUGGACGGAAGAGAAACGUGAAGGAUGGUGGGUUUUCUGCGACAUCCUCCGCCGACUUGACGCCGCGUCGAAUGAGUUCAUGAACGGAGAAUAUGAACAAGAAACUGAAGACGGGCCCGUCAUCUAUCAUAACAAAAGAGUCCGAAGCACCGAGGAACACGCAGGACAAGCCACUAUGCCCUACAUGCCAUGUGAUAUCGAAUCUCACGGCGAUGCUAAACGUGGUUUCUUCAGUGACCACAGCCUUGGUCACAUAUGGGCAGCAGUGCAGGCUGAACUGCUUACUUACCGACGCGAGAAAGAUGAAGAUGAGUGGAUUUCCCAAGAUUUCGACUGGAAGAGCUUUUGUUGCAGCCUUAAAGCUGGGGAAAGGCCUUCGAUUCCAUUGUUACACGAGGGCAUGAUGAAGCCCUAUUGUGCUUGCGGCAUUUUUGGUGAUGGCUGGUCCAGGAGAGCUCGCCGCGAUGAAGUUUGUGCAUUUCAUUUCUCUAACAUGGAAGAUUGGUCUCGUUCAACAUUUCUUGAUGACAUCCAGUUUGAAGGUUUCGACUUGAGAUGAUAUAAGAGUGCCGCAUCGGCAUGUUUAUUUUCCUUAACCCCAUUUCUUAAACAUAAAUCUAGUUAGAAAUGCAACUCUGCCAGUAGAAUUGCAUUUAUCGAUUCCCUUCGUAGAUCCUUCAC